AGGGCGAACCGUACCACGGCGGUGGCGGGGGAGCGCUUCGUGGGCAGCCGGCGGGCUCCGAGGCGGUGAGUGCAAAGCCUCAGACCCCUGCUCGCUCCUGCGUUGCGCCGUGCUAGGCCGCCCGCCGGGAUGCAGUGGGCCGUGGGCCGGCGGUGGGCGUGGGCCGCGCUGCUCCUGGCUGUCGCAGCGGUGCUGACCCAGGUCGUCUGGCUCUGGCUGGGUACGCAGAGCUUCGUCUUCCAGCGCGAAGAGAUAGCGCAGUUGGCGCGGCAGUACGCUGGGCUGGACCACGAGCUGGCCUUCUCUCGGCUGAUCGUGGAGCUGCGGCGCCUGCACCCAGGCCACGUGCUGCCCGACGAGGAGCUGCAGUGGGUGUUCGUGAAUGCGGGUGGCUGGAUGGGCGCCAUGUGCCUUCUGCACGCCUCGCUGUCCGAGUAUGUGCUGCUCUUCGGCACCGCCCUAGGCUCCCGCGGCCACUCGGGGCGCUACUGGGCUGAGAUCUCGGAUACCAUCAUCUCUGGCACCUUCCACCAGUGGAGAGAGGGCACCACCAAAAGUGAGGUCUUCUACCCAGUUAGUCCAUGGGCCAGGAAAGCAGCAGCCAUGGAAGGGCAAGGCAGAGCUGGCUCUUCACUUGGGUGCUCCCUGUCCCCCAGGGGAGACGGUAGUGCAUGGGCCUGGUGAGGCAACAGCUGUGGAGUGGGGGCCAAACACAUGGAUGGUGGAGUACGGCCGGGGUGUCAUCCCAUCCACCCUGGCCUUCGCGCUGGCCGACACUGUCUUCAGCACCCAGGACUUCCUCACCCUCUUCUAUACUCUUCGCUCCUAUGCUCGGGGCCUCCGGCUUGAGCUCACCACCUACCUCUUCGGCCAGGAUCCUUGACCAGCCAGGCCUGAAGGAAGACCUGUGGAUGGACAGGAGCGGGCAGGCCCGCACAUAUCCACUUGCUGGAGCCCAUGUUUACAGACAGGGACAUACACCAUGCAGAUCCUGAGUUCCUGCUGUAUGAGCAGGGAUAUCCAUGCUUAUGUAUCCAAACACAGAGAACCAUGGGAACUAAUGAGACACAUAUAGAUACUGAGACCUGUGUGUACAGUAGGACCAUGCAUUCAUACCCAUCGGGAUAGGGAGCCCCUGGUAUACCAAGGGAGCCAGUUGUGUUCAAACACACACAUCACAAGUUUGACUCACUAACUCAGGCCUUUCCAGAGCUCCACAGCUUCCCACCCCCUCCCCACCAAACUGGGGUUCUGGAGUUAAGGAUGGGGGAGGGUAUUAUACUGCCUCAGUCUGACUCCUCAACCCAGCAGCAAUUUGAGGGGAUGAGGGGGAAGAGGAGCUGCCUUUUGGAGGCACCCUUCACCUGCAGCUAUGAUGCCCUUCCCCUUCUCCCCUGUCCUCACCAUAUGCCUUAUCCCCAUUCUACUCCCCUGCUAUGCAAGUGCCCCUGUGGCUUGUCCCCAACCCCCUCGGCAACCAAGCUCAGCUGGGGAACCAGAGUAAUGUGAAGAAUGCUUGAAGUCAGCAUCUUCCAUUCCAGAAAGGCCCCCAUUCUUCCUUUGGGGAUAUGAUGCAGAAGCUGGUUUCAGACCAGGACCCGCCACUGAGGAGGGGAUCUAGGCAGGUGGGCCUGAUUCCAAGGGGGCCUUCCUGGCCUGGAGAAGGCCUUUUACACACACAACACACACACACACAUCACAGUUUUCAGACAGCCCCUGCUGCAUUCUCUGUCCAUCUUUCUGUUUCUGUUAAUAAAGAUUUGUUGAUCUGUUCCA